AUGAAUCAAUUUUUCGAUCUUAGCGGCUGGAAUCUUCCAGCUUUGAAGGAACUUUUGAUUUCUCAUAACCCAACUUUAAAACAAAUCCCCAAUGGAGUGAAAAACAUCGGAAACCUGACCCGGCUAUACUUGGAUUACAACGCCAUUGAGCAUGUUCAGAUGGAGGCCUUUCAGGGCCUUCACCAUUUGGAAAUCCUUUCCCUAAUAGGAAAUGGAAUAAAUCGAGUUGCUGCAACAGAAUCGAUUACACUCCCUCAACUUCAGCACCUCAGUUUGUAUCGAAAUAAGUUGACACAAUUUGAGGCUGCCAGCCGAUGUAACUUUCCGGAACUUCAAUUCCUGGAUCUAUCCAAAAACAGGCUAACACAAUUUGAUGUUCCGAUGAGCUGGUCCAAAUUGCAGACGGUUGAGCUUCAGGAAAAUCCCAUCAACUGUAGCUGGUUGAUUGGUAAUGUGAAUCCCCAGCGUUCGUCGAUUUGGCGGCUGUUGGACGUUGCCAAGGAAUCUUGUUGGGUUCCGGUUUAUUUCCGGUGGAAUUUAAGCUAG